UAUUAAUGUUUUUCUUCCCCUGAGAUUUUCGUACUGCUUCGCGGGCAGGUCGAUGUUAUCGAUUCGUAGAGUUUGGUUCAGUCGUUUGCCUUCGUCGUUCCAGUGAGCAAGCAUCAGAACUUGUAGCAACAGCCAAAACCGGUGGGCCACAGCUAAUCAAUCGAGCAGAUACCUAAACUCGUUAACGUUUAUGGCUAUGACGACAUCGCGAGAAGAUGAAAAGUAUAUAUUGUACGGUGGUCCGGAUCCGGUUGAGCUACUGCAAGAUGAAUCACUUGGGGCAAUGAUCGUCAAGGAAUUGAAAAACUUUCCGAACAAUAUUGGAUUGAUUGACCCUGAGGUCGAAGUCCAACUUACAUAUCAGCAAAUCUUGGAAAAGUCGAUGCAAGUAGCGCGGGGAUUGACACAGCUUGGUAUCACGAAACUCGAUAAUGUGGCGAUCAUUAGUGAGAAUUGUCUGGAGUACUGUUUCGCUAUGUUUGGCUCCAUAUUUGCUGCUGCACCACUUGCACUAUUGAAUCCCGCCUAUGUGGAAGGUGAACUUCAGCAUGCAAUAAAUCUAUCACAACCGAAGAUAAUUUUCGUCUCGCCUAAUGUGUUGGAGAAAAUUGUCGGAGUGAUUCGCAAGAUUAAGUUGAACGUGAAAAUCGUACUAUUUGGAGAUCAUCCCAACAUUCACACUUACCCGGAAGUAACGAAAUUCUCAAAAUUAAUUGAGCAAUCAUCUCCUACAAGCAAUAACUUACCUGAGCCAGUGGACGUCAAUUCCCAUGUAGCCUUUAUCGUGUUGUCCUCCGGAACAACCGGUUUACCAAAAGGCGUACAACUAACUCAUCUAAACAUAAUGACUACUGUAGCUCACUCGAAAGAAGCUAGCAAGAUAUUAGAACUACCAGAUCAGUUGGUAGCUUUGGCGGCAACACCUUUGUAUCAUGUCGUAGCCGGCGUUGGGCUCAUCAAUAUGAUCACUAACAACUGCCGAUGUAUACUGAUGCCAAAGUUCGAUGUGCAUUUAUUCCUCAACAGUAUUCAAAAGUACAAAGUCAACCUCAUGACGGUCGUUCCACCGUUGAUGGUAUUCCUAGCAAAACACCCCAUCGUCGAUAACUAUGACCUGUCUUCACUAAUGACCCUGAUAUGCGGAGCGGCCCCACUAAGUAAAGAAAUUGAAGAUCAGGUUCGAGAGAGAUUGGACAUUGCUUUUAUCCGUCAAGGUUAUGGCAUGAGCGAGACGACCCUCGGAGUGCUAAUGCAAACUGGUUUCGAGAACAAAGCUGGUUGCGUAGGAAAGGUUCGUCUUGGUCAGUGGGUUAAAGUCAUCGAUCCCGAAACAGGAAAAAUUUUAGGACCAAACGAACGGGGGGAGCUUUGCUUCAAAGGAUCGCUUAUAAUGAAAGGCUACGUAGGGAAGGAGCACGCCAUUGAUCAAGAUGGGUGGUUGCACACCGGUGAUAUUGGUUAUUACGAUGAGGACGAAGAUUUCUUCAUAGUCGAUCGCAUCAAGGAGCUCAUCAAAUAUAAGGGCUUCCAGGUACCGCCCGCGGAACUUGAGGCCGUUCUACUGAAACAUCCAAAAGUGAAAGAUGCCGCGGUGAUUGGAAUCCCCGACGAGAGGGUGGGUGAACUGGCAAUGGCGUUCAUUGUCAAAGAAGAGGAUCAGGACGUGACCGGUGAUGAAAUUGUCAAAUUUAUUGCUGAGCAGAUGUCGCCACAGAAGCAGCUGCAUGGAGGAGCUCGAUUUAUUGACGCCAUACCGAAAACAUCAACGGGAAAGAUAUUGCGACGGGAGCUAAGAGAGCUUGUUAAAACUACUCGUUCAAAGCUAUGAGGUGAAGGUGCGAAAAGUGGUGCAUGUUUGGAAUUGGGAUUAAUUGUAAAUAAAAUGGAUUAUCUGAAAGCAGUUUUUCAAAAAUAUCAAUUUUUAAAGGUUCAAGCGUUCAGCUCUAAGCUAUUAUAAUAUUAAAUUGUGGUGGUAUUUGAAAUGUUUAUUCUCUGAAA